UUCAUAAUGGAUUGGCUCCAGCUCUUAUUCCUCCAUCCCAUAUCACUUUAUCAAGGGGCUGCUUUCCCCUUUGCACUUCUGUUUAAUUAUCUCUGCCUCAUGGAUUCCUUUUCCACCCGGGCCAGGUACCUCUUUCUCCUGGCUGGAGGAGGUGUCCUGGCCUUGGCUGCCAUGGGAUCCUAUGCUUUGCUCAUCUUCAUCCCUGCUCUCUGCGCUGUGGCUCUGGUCUCCUCACAUGGUCCACAGGAAGUCCAUAGGCUGACCUUCUCCUUUCAGAUGGGCUGGCAGACCCUGUGGCACCUGGGUCUUCACUACACGGAAUACUACCUGCAAGAGCCUGCACCUGUCCGAUUCUACAUCGCCCUUUCUUCCCUCAUGCUCUUGACGCAGAGAGUCACGUCGCUCUCAAUGGACAUUCGUGAGGGGAAAGUGGAGGCAGCGUCGGGCGGCACCCAGAAUAGGAGGAGCUCCUUGUCUGAGUGCGCGUUGGAGGCUCUGCCCUGUGUCAGCUACUUGCUCUUUUUCCCUGCCCUCCUGGGAGGCCCGCUGUGUUCCUUUCGGAGAUUCCGGGCUUGUGUUGAAAGGUCAAGCUCUUUGCAUCCCGGUCUCUCUCCCUGGGCUCUGACCUGGAGGGGUCUGCAGAUUGUUGGGCUGGAGUGGCUCCAGGUGGCGCUGAGGAGGGUGGUGAGCACAGGACCCGGGCUGGACGACUGCCGGCAGCUGGAGUGCAUCUACAUCAUGUGGUCCACAGCUGGGCUCUUCAAACUCACCUACUACUCCCACUGGAUCCUGGAUGACUCUCUCCUCCAUGCGGCGGGCUUUGGAUCCGAGGCUGGCCAGAGGGCUGGGGAGGAGGAAUACAUCCCCGACGUGGACAUGUGGACACUGGAAACUACACACAGGAUCUCCGUGUUCGCCAGGCGGUGGAAUCGAAGCACAGCUCGGUGGCUCAGGCGGCUCAUCUUUCAGAACAGCCGGCGCUGGCCAGUGCUGCAGACUUUUGCCUUUUCCGCUUGGUGGCACGGGCUCCAUCCGGGACAGGUGUUCGGCUUCCUGUGCUGGUCUCUAAUGGUAGAAGCCGAUUAUCUGAUUCACGCUUUUGCCAGUGUAUUUAUCAGCUCCUGGCCACUGCGGCUGCUCUAUAGAGCCCUCACUUGGGCCCAUACCCAGCUCAUCAUUGCCUAUGUAAUGCUGGCUGUGGAAGGCAGGAGCUUUUCCUCCCUCAGUCGUUUGUGUUGUUCUUACAACAGUAUCUUCCCCGGGGUGUACUGUGUUUUGCUUUUUCUAUUAGUGAGGAGAAAACAGAAAUGUAACUGAAAUCCAUGCACCAUCCCCACUUCAUCUCA